AUGCAUGGCUCGCUGAAUGCUCCUAUUAUUCCUGCAAAAGCAGUGGCUGUCUUCGACACCGAUAGCAACUCUGGACCCUCGGAUUGCGAGAAAACGGAGUUGAACGGAUAUGGAAACAAUCUACUUGGACAGGAACAUACACGGUGGAACUUUGAGACCCCAUUAAAGCACCAGAGGUCGGAACUAGGGAGCUCUUCGGACCUGCAUGGUAGUAAUUUGGGUGCUUUUACCCCAGUCGAGCAGCAUCAACAAGGUAUCUAUACACGGUCCCACGAGGUGUCAUGUCUCCCUCCUGAACUGGCACACGCCCAGCCAGUGCUUAGACAUGAACCAAUACCCAUUGGCUCUUGA